AUGACCUGUCAUGAUUGCCAAGUUGAUUCGGCCUGUGCGAGUCAGCAGCCUCUAAAAGAAAAGGUCGCUAUCAUCAGCGGUUCCCACGGAGGAAUUGGUGCCCAGAUCGCGCGAGAACUCUCGGCUAGCGGUGCUAAGAUUGUCAUAAACUAUCCUUCCGCUUCUCGUCAACAACGCGCAGAGGCAGUUGCGGCCAGUUUGCAUACCCCUAGCAUCGCAGUGGAAGCCGAUAUCUCUACCCCUGAGGGGCCACGGGAUCUCAUCAAGGCGGCAGUUGCAGCCUUCGGGACAAUCGACAUCCUAGUUAAUAAUGCCGGAAAAGCAGUGGACCUGCCAUUUGAGGAGCAGACACUCGAGCACUGGGAGAACUUGGUGAACCUCAACGGUCGAGGAACGUUCCUUCUCACCCAAGCGGCCCUUCCCCACCUCGCUCCUCGAGGAUCGCGAAUCAUCAACAUCUCCAGCAUAUCGGCGAAGGAAGGACUGGCUUUACAAACAAUCUUAUCCGGAAGUAAAGCUAUGGUUGAAAGCUUUACCAAGGUGUGGGCGAAAGAACUACCUCCAAAAUACAACUGCACCGUCAACUGUGUAUCACCUGGGCCCACGCGUACUGAAGCAUAUAAUGCGGCCAGUGCCAAUUUCAUGGAAGUUAUCAAGCCCCUGGUUGAAAGCACUCCAGUUGCCAGCAGAGCCGCUGAGACAAGCGAGAUAGCGUACGCUGUGUUGAUGCUGUGUCAUCCACGUGCGACGUGGUUGAAUGGGGUCAACUUGGUGGUGAGUGGGGGAUUAACUGUCUGA